AUGCACCUCAAACCGCUCGUUCAGGUAGCUGCCGUUCUCGCAUCUGCAUUUCCCAUAUGCAAUGCUUCAACUUUACCAAGAAACAUCAGGCGCCAGACAUCAGCAUCGAAAUAUGUAUUUGCGCAUUUUAUGGUCGGCAUCGUCGAAAAGUACACUUUAGAUGACUGGAAAUCCGACAUGACCACAGCAAUGGACAUCGGAAUCGACGCAUUUGCACUCAACUGCGCCAGCGUUGACAGCUACACCCCUACCCAACUAGCGCUGGCCUACCAAGCCGCUGAAGAAGUCGGUUUCAAAGUCUUUAUUUCCUUUGACUUUGCCUACUGGACAAAUGGAGACACUGCGAAUAUUACACAGUACAUGCAGACUUAUGCGGGCCAUGCGGCUCAGAUGCAAUACAAUGAUGCUGCGGUUGUUAGCACAUUUGUCGGUGAUAGUUUCGAUUGGACGCCCGUCAAAGCUGGGACAAAUCAUUCUAUCUGGGCCUUGCCGAAUUUGCAGGAUCCGGCUGAAUGGUCGAGUGAUGCUCAACGGAGUGUGGACGGAGCAUUUUCGUGGUAUGCGUGGCCGACUGAUGGGGGGAAUAGUAUCAUCUCGGGGCCUGUGACAACCAUCUGGGAUGAUAGAUAUAUCUCAGAUUUGGGAAAUGCUACAUAUAUGGCUCCUGUUUCGCCUUGGUUCUCUACCCAUUUCAAUACUAAGAAUUGGGUAUUUAUCUGCGAGGACCUCCCCACCCGCCGCUGGGAUGAGAUAUUGUCAAUGCAACCAGAUCUUGUCGAGAUUAUCACAUGGAAUGAUUACGGUGAAUCCCACUACAUCGGCCCUUACUCAGCAGCCCACUCAGACGAUGGCUCUUCUGAAUGGGCUUCUGGAUUCCCACAUGACGCCUGGCGCGACCUCUACAAGCCCUACAUACAAGCCUACAAAUCCGGCGCGUCAGCACCAACCAUCGAUACUGAGGAAAUAGUAUACUGGUACCGCCCUACGCCCAAGGGAGUCACAUGUACCAACGACACUCUACCAGCUCCGAAUGGGAUUAAUUUACUCUCUGACAGCAUUUUUGUGGCGACUAUGUUGAAAGAAGCCGCUACUUUGACUGUUACGAGUGGUGGGAACGCACUAGUUAGCAUUGAUGUGCCUGCUGGUAUCACGACGUCGAAUGUGACGAUGGGUGUUGGUGAGCAAAGUUUUGUGCUUAGUCGGGAUGGACAAACGAUUCUCAAUGGUACUGGUGGGUUGAGUAUUGUUAAUACAUGUGAGACGUAUAACUAUAAUGUGUACGUUGGAUCGGUGACAGCAUAA